UCGAAGUUUAUUAUCAAGAAAUGCGACUUUCCAAUGCAAUCUCGUUCCUUUUGGCGCUCGCCUUCACCAGUCACGUGUAUUCGAAGCAGCUGUUCAGAAACAUGGAAACGUUCGAUUUCGAAAGCAACGAAAUCGUGGAACACAGCGACGACGCCAUAAGAUCGAAUCGGUCGAAUGUGGAGCGAAUCAAUUUAACCCUUCCCGGAACGAAAUGGUGCGGCCCGGGUAAUGUAGCUGACGACUACGAUGAUUUGGGCAAGCACGAGGACGAGGACAAGUGCUGCCGAGAGCACGACCAUUGUGAUAACAUUGCUUCCGGUGAGGAGAAGUACGGUUUGAAGAACGACGACUAUUUCACCAGACUUCACUGCAAGUGUGACCGAGACUUCCAGCAGUGCUUGAAGCAGAUCAACACAACUCUCUCGAAUCGUUUGGGAAGCUUUUACUUUGCGGUCCGAGAUAAGUGCUACAAGAAACAGCAUCCGAUUGUGGAGUGUGGUGAAAAGAAGAACAUGCUGUUCUUGAGGCGAUGCACCCGGUACGUGCUGGAUAGUUCAAAGGAUCGCCAAUGGCAGUGGUUCGAUUUGCCAUUCUAUGAUGACAAUAUGAUCAACGAUUUCUACUGAACAUUGGAUGAUUGCUC